AUGCAAAAGUUCCCAAAGAUACUAAAACACUAUGCCUGUAGAAUACAUCAACAUGUCUUUUCUCAACUAUUGUUCCAUUUUGCAGCUGUCCAAGAAACACCGCAAGCUUCAACUGGAAAUAAAAGAACCAGAACUGUAGCAAGGAGGGCGCCAACUGUAGCAAGGAGAGCGCCAGUGAGAAGGACUCCUACUUCAAGGGGUGGAAAGAGGACCCAAAUGGCAUCUAAAGUUGAAGAUGAGGAACAUUCAGAUCAACAGCAUGGUGAAGAGAGAAAGAGGAAGCUGGGGAACCCAGAAGAUUUGAAAUUUCUUGAAGAGGUAGAAACUGCAAAAUCUUCACCAGAGAUUAAAAUGGGAGAUGAUAAGACUGAAGAAUGGUUUCUUAGAGAAACGGAAUAUGUUGAAGCUGUAGAAACUACUGAGAGGUCACUUGAAGUGGAGAAAAUUGUCAAUAAAGAAAUUGGAGAGUUUCCAAAAGAUAAUGUAGAAUCUAUUAAAGAAGAGGAAGGCGAUGAAAAUAUAGAAUCUUUUGAAGUGGAAGAAGCUAACAAAAAUGUAGAAUCUAUUAAAGAGGGAGAAGCUGCCAUAGGAAACUUUGAACAUGUAGAAGGUGAUGAGAAGUCAGUAGUUCAGGCAGAGCCUGUUGUUGCAGAUGCUCUAAACUCAUCCAAGAAUGAAGAAUCUGAUUUGCAGACGCAGGAAGGGGCGGAAAAGGAGAAUUUAAAGGAAGAACCAACUAGUGAAAAUAAUGUAUUCACAAAAAAUGAAGCAAUUAGUAUGGAGGGAGAUAUCAAGGAGAUGAUAGGAGUUCAUCCUUUGAAUGAUUGUCCAGCGACACUCCGGCGAUUCAAACUUCACCCGCUGUCAACAACAUCCAGCGACACUCCGGCGAUUCAAACCAUCACUCGUUGUCAUCAACAUCCAGUGACAUUCUGGCGAUUCAAACCGUCACUCGCUAUCAUCAACAUCCAGCGACACUCCGUCGAUUCAAACCGUCACUCGAUGUCAUUAACAUCUCAUUCCCUCGGUAACAUCCUCUCCGAUCUCAUAGCUGUCCAAGGCUCUUCCUCUUGGAUUAUGCAAAAGCUGAAGGAACAUGGAAUUGAAAGCAUUCUGUACAUGAAGCUUGUCUCCGAUCCUUGGCAAGAAUGGCUUAAUCGUGGUUUUGCUUUCCUUCAGUUCCUUUGCCAUGCUGAAGCUAUGCUGGCAUUUAAGAGGCUUCAGAAACCUGACGAUGUGUUUGGUCAUGCUAAGAGGACUGCAAAAGUAGCUUUUGCAGAGCCUUUAAAUGAGCCUAACCCAGACGUAAUGGCCCAGGUUAAAUCGGUUUCUUGGAUGUGGUCCCUUCAGAUUGGGAUGAGGAAAGGCUCACAUGAGGCUGCAGUUGCUUGUGUUGAUGACAUCACUAACAGGGAAUUGGGUGAUAUGAAGGUAAUACUAACCAACACUGAAGUAUCGUUAAAUGGUUUCAGUCUUAUAGUUGCAUUAGAUAAGGAAAUAACUUGA